GGUCCGCCCCACUCCCAGCUGCUUAUUUAUGCAAAUUAAUUAGUGGCCACUGUUUGCUCUACCAAUUGGCAUAUUGGGGCGCCCAACUAUAAAAAACCCCAAAGACUCUAAAGCCCCAGCACUGUUUUUCGGCGGUUCUAGUAGGGGAAUCAUGGUUUUGCCCACUGGUUAGUGGUUCACACCUAAUCAUCGUCAUAGUUUGUACUCCGAAGGUCGCUGGCCUGAGCAUUAAAAACCAGGUGAUUUCGGGUAAGGUAACUCAAAUCGUUAUUGGACACUCAGCCAAGAUGAGGUGCGAUCUGCGAGUGCAAUUUUUGCUGUUACUGGGAAUUAGCGCUUGGAGCUGGACUGGAGCUCAUUCGCUGGGAGGAGGUGCUAUUGGAGCCGUUGGAGGAGUAGGAGCUAUUGGUGGUGUAGGAGCCAUUGGAGGAGUUCAGCAAGUGCCCGUGGUGCAGCAAGUUCCCAUUGUCCAGCAAGUGCCCAUCGUGCAACAGGUGCCCGUAAUCCAACAGCAACCGCAGGCUCUGGGACUCGCAGGAGGAGGUGGAUUUAUUGGUGGUGGCAUCGGAGGAGGUGCCGGAUUUGGGCACUACAAGGAGAGCUAUCGAGUGCGAGCCAGGGGAUUCGGCGGUGGAUACCGCGCCCGGUACGACAAGAAGUUCGGUGGAGGAUUCGCCGGACUCGGAGCUGCUGCGGGUGCGGGCGCAGCGGGUGGCGGUUUGCUGGGAUAG